AUGGUGGCUAGGGCACCAAUCCCUUCAUGCUUACUGGAACCUCCACCACCACAUAUACACGACACAACACUAUCACUGCAAACUAGUAUAGACAGUGUUGAACAAUAUAGCAACGACCAUGAAAGGGUAGACCACACAGGACGACAAACCAGCAGUAACAUGAAUAAGACUGAAGCUGCUGUUGGAAAUCCUAUUAUCUUGGAUCUUCGGUCUGCUCCUCCCCCUCAAUGGCCUUUGGGGAAAAAUAGCAUCAAAGAAGAUGUGCCUCACAAAGUCUCUUUAGGCCAGCUACCACAAGUAUCAGUAGAUGGACUGUCCACAUUUGAUACUAGACAUGGCUCCCAGACAGUGAACUUGAAAGAGCAAAAUGGUGUAGUGCAUUUGGAUGUAACAGUUCAUGCACAAGCCUCACAAGAAAGUGAUAAUACUACAUCAGAAAGAUUGCAACCCCCUGACACUCGACUCAUAAAAUUGAAGGAGACAGAUAUUGCAGAAGCUUCUCAUUUGGUGUUCAGGAAUAGGGACCAGCCAAAGUUUUUGGGGGGACAAACUGGAGAGAAAUUGAAUGAGGCAGUAGUUGGUACUAAUGUUAUGCAUGAUAUGGUGAUAGAAGGAAAUAGACAUAUCAUGGUAUAUAAUCAUCCGGGUUCUAUGCAUGUUACUAUAGAUAUCCCACCCAAAGCUUUGCAUUUUGCUGGACAAAAAGGAGCUAACCCCGUUGUCUUGAUAUGUGAUCCACAUGGAGUGCAUGACACUAUAGCCAACAUAUCACAAAUUAUGAAAGAGCAAGAGACCUUGUCGGUUCAGCUACUUUCAGUGGGAGUCAAGGAGAGGUGGAAAGAACGAUCUAACUCUGCAGUGGGAAACCAUGAGAAUGAGGGUAAUCAUAUCUUUGGAAUUAAUACAGGGAAAGAGGCUAGCUAUUUUUCCAUUCUUGAUGGUUUAGAGGAUGAGUCUUUGGAUAGGAAUAUUCAACGGGUUAGUUGGCAAGGAUCCCUGUCGGAUAAUGAUUCUUUCGACAUAAAUGAUAGUAGUCCGUUGCUUACAAGAUCCCAAUCGUCUGACCGGAUAGAUGUUGAGCAGGAAGAUAGGGUUCAGGGUAAAGCGAUUAAGGUUGUGAGCAAACUUAGGUCGGUUCUCUAG